UCCGCACCGUGCUGCCGACGGUGAUGCAUGUGCCGCAUGGCGCCACGACGCCGAACUUCCGAGAUCGCGAAAAAAGUUAACUCCCGAAACAUUCCUAUUAGACUCUCCUUUCAACCCGUAUUCUGUUGAAUUGGAACAGUCUCGAUUAGUCGCGUUCGAUUGCGAUUAGUGAACUACUCGAACCGGAAUUUUGCAUCCUCGGAAACGGGUUUAGACUCGGACCCCGUUGAGUAGGGCUUUCGUGAAGUGCUAACUUGAUUUUCAAAGUGGUGUGCCUGUGCGAUCGACUGGAUUUUUCACAUUCCCGAUAUUCGGAAGAAGUCCGAACAUUGUCUCUCCGCAUAUUAUAUAUAGUCCGCAUUCUUGUAAAAGUGCUGUUAAAAUUUACAAGCAUGCCGCCGCCGGCGUGAGGCAUGAGCGGCCGCGGAGGUGGCGGGCAGCGCUGUCAGCUCAUCCUGCAGCGUUGCCUCGCUAUACAACUCACCAAGCCCGGCAACGCGCCCGACGACUUUUGGAUGUACGAUUCCGGAUAUCUGUUAUUCCAGAGUUUCUUAGCAGCGAACGCAAAAUGCUGGUGGGCUGGCGCCUUGGCCGCGGCCACAGCGGAGCUUCGGUACGCCGGGUACGUGUCUCCAGGAGUUCUUCUCGUGGCAGGGGCUCCUCGAGCGCUGGAGACGGUGCGAGGGGCUUACUCGAGGUCCGUUCUGAAACCUCCGCCUACUUACCUCAUAUGUGGACUUGGUGACAUAGAAGACUGCAUCGUGACGCCGGCAUACCAGGGGCAGUUCACGCCGUUACCCGAAGCACUGUGCGAUUGUAUAAUGGAUCUUACGUCCCAGGGUCAAGCGGCCACGCUGGAGAGUAUUAGGACGUCUCUAUUGUCGAAGUUCCCAUCAAUGCAGACACCAUCACAGGAGGUGGUUUACGAUACCCUAGCCCAGCUGAUGCAGGAGAGGAAGAUAUACCAAACCUCGAGAGGCUUCUUCAUAGUGACACCAGAACGUCGUCGGUCCAGGUCCCGUUCAUCAUCAAGACACCCCAACAGCCUAGACGAAGAAUGUCCAUCUCCCCGCACCAUUCUCAUGUCAGACCAGGAGGCUCUGCAUCAGCUUUACGGAGAGAUCACCACGGUUAGGGAUGGAGCCGUGACACAUCAGUGUGUGCAAACGAACCUGGCUGAUGUAAUUUGUGGAGGCAAUCCAAACGACAAAGUUUUAUAUGGUCGACCGAACAAACGUCGCAGCGCUUCCUUCCCGGCCCCAAGAUCUCUGGACCGGCGGCACUCUCUCCGCAUCUUCGGCUCUUCCAGCAAGUACCUUCAGCGCUGCGCCUCUACCAGGAGUCUCCAUCACAAACACGUUAAUACGACUGACAGCUCUUCUUCCACCGAUUAUCCGCCUAGUGUUGAGUCCGCGUCGCCUAGUACGCCCUUGGCUAAAAUAGCAGAAAAAGUGUCCCUGCUGUCCCGCUUAUUCAGACGAAGCGGCCGCAGCAAGCAGACGCGCGCGAUGAGUACCUUCUCCGCCCAAUUCCCGCCCACCGAGUGGUUCAACUCUAAGGCGGUUCAUCUCCACUGUGUCGCAACGCAGACCAACUCUAAGGAGUCGCUGCAAAGUCAAACAUCCUUUGUCUCAUCAUACUACGACGGUUCAGAGAUAAGUAAUCGGUCUUCGACGCUACCUCGUCGUCACAAGAGGCACCUCUCCACUGAAUCUGGUAUCGCCGGUUCUAAUUACGAUCACUCGCCGAUCAGGCAGUCCAGCCCUAGUUCCGGCAGCCUUCCGAGAUCAACCCUGAGCCGAAGUUCCACUAACAAAACUAUUUUAGAUCAUUUCGGAUCACCUCAAAGGAGCAGUGAUCCGAAACUGCGAGACAGUCCUAGUGGGAGUCUAAGGAGAGCCGAUUAUUCGAACUCGGAUAAUGUUAUGUCAACUAGUGGCCCUUCCAGCCUGGAGAGUGCGACUCCACUGCGAACCCCAAGGAAGGAUAUAAUAAGAAACGGCCAGUCGGACCCAAAUGUACUAAUGAAGAGAAGCUACCACACGAGUGGCAGUAGCGGUCACUCCAGUCUAGAGUCGCACAUAUCCGACCGCACGUUGAAGCCUUCGCCUAGUCACUCUAAUCACGGAGCACCAGGGCUCAGCAGAGCACAAUCACUCGUCAAAGUUCAAAGUCUACAAAGCUCUCCAAAGUCGCUUCACAAAUUCAGAUCUAAACCACCAAUUGUCGGCGGGGAAACGGUAAAGAGCAGUAAAAGUACAUCACCUAAGAGCUUACCAAAAAACUGUCCGGAUACCCCAAAAAAAACCGCUGCUACGCUACAGAAAGCCAUAGGAUCUAAGAUUGAAAAUCCCUCUACUACUAUGCUGGCGAGUUCCAAUUCUAACAAUUCAAUCACAUUAAAAGUUACCACAAACACUAUGUCCCAGAACGGUGGGGGUACCAACACAAAGGUUUAUGUGCAGAAUUCACCGGUAAGGUCUGUGAUCACAUUCGAAAACGGCAAAGUAACCGAGACCAGUAACGGAAGUAACAUUUACAUCAUCAAUGACGACAGACACGUCGUUUCCGUUUCGCAGAACGGUGUGACAACCCAAAACGCCAAAAAUCCAAAAGAAACCUCAUUCGACGUCUGUGUCGAAAACAAAAAGCAAAUGUUUCAAGAACAGGAACCGAUUAAAGUACAAGAAAAUAAAUUUAAUAAAAACUCCAUAAACGACACGGGUAUGAAUAAUAAUCGUAAGCUUUCUCUGCAAAUAGGCGGUGCGACAAAUAACAAUAGUUUCGUUUAUAAGAAUCAAUUGAACAAUACUAACGAGGUUGGUUCGAAUCCAACGUCACCAGCGAUCCACAACAACAUAAACAAUUUGGAGACGACGGCAAAUAGUAAUCCAUCCACGCCAACUAAAAGUUACGAUAACAUCAUAGGAUCUUUAGGAAGUUUGCGAUAUCAAAAAAACUCCUUUUCACCAACCAACGGUGGCAUCCAAAGUAACAUAAAUUCGAACAGCGAAUUGAAAAGCGUUGAUCUGUUAAAAAAAGCAGCUGCACUACAGAUGCUAAACGGUUUGCCAAACGUGAAUAGCAGAAUGAGUUCAGAUUCUAUAGCGAAUCUAUUAACGAAAGGAAUCGACCAAAAGCCGACAGUUUUAGGAUCGGAGCCAAACUUGGCAGUGAAGAAUCAAGAGCUUAUAAAAGACAUCAAUACGUCCACAGAUAAAAUCAACUGCUUAGAUAGCAAACAGAAGAGGUACAGCCUGAGUCAAGAGAGCAAGAAGGAGAAUCAGGAUUUUUACAACUUUCCGAGUUUGAGCGAUUUGAGCUUUAAUUUUACUAGUUUAGCCGCUCAGAAGAUAUUAAAAGGUGUCAGUAUAAAUAGCGUCGACACUUUGGUCGAGCUAAACAUGGCGGCGAACAACUCGGAAAAGCAGAACAACCGUGACGUUGCAGCAGUCUGCACAGACUUUGGCCUUGUAUAGCACUUAAAUAACUUUUCUGUCAAAAAUGUAUAAUAGUAGUCAUAACAAAUAUAUAAGGUAGCUGUAUAACUUAUUAGUAUCAAUUUAUUUAGUAACAUGCUUUAUGUAAGCAUUACAAUUAGUUGUAAACUUACUCUUCUAAUAUUUUAUACUCCCCAAUUAUGAAUUUAUCUUUAUUAGAUACCAUUGUAUCCCUAUGAUUAUUAAAAUUACGUUUGUCUUUACUAACUUAUCAUCGAAAAUAUCUAUGUAGAAUUUAUUUAACGAAGUAUUUGUUGUAAUCAAUUAAACAUUCUUAGUUUGUAGCUCACUUUGAGCGCAAUUUAUGUGAGACAAUAAAGCGAUACUGUCGUAAUACUAGGUGGCCUAAAUUUGACUCAACAUGAAAUAUUGUGCCUAAUGCAGUAGAAAUAUUUGUACGCCUAGCUAUAUAAUGUAUUUGCAGGUAGUAAUUUCAAAACUAAUAAUAUAUUAGCAACGAGAAUAGACAGUACCUAUUCAUCCUGAGUAAAUUCUUAAUACAAUCUUCAAAGUAGAAUAAAAAUAGUAAUAUCUUCACAAAAAUGUAUUAUUUUUUGUGCCAUCUCAGUAUUUUGAUUGAAAGUCGAGUACAAACUAGAAUAUCUACACCACAAGUCCAUCCAACAAUGGGAAUUUAUAGUAAUUUGUAAAAUACACAUCAUGUAUAAGUGCCAUAAACCAUAGUUUUACGCGUUACACGGAAAUGACUAGCAGAAGGAAUUGGAUAUGAAAAUUUUGUCAUUGUAUCUACUGUACGCGUGUGAGGGUAUUUAUUCAUUAGUGAACAUAAUCGAAGUCAAUGCAUAUUAAAUGUUCAGUAAUGCCAUUUGUAAAAAAAUAUUAACAAUAUAAGAUGACGCUUUA